AGAGAGAGAGAGAGACACAAUCACACAGACAGACAACAUUGUGUAUUGUGAAACUGUGUUUGUGUGCAUAACACAGAGAUCUAACCAACAUGGGGUGACACAGAAUUUUUUAAAAAAUAAAAAUAAAAAAUCAAUAAAGAAUAAAAGCAGCUGAACUUGUUCAUCGCCGCCGGUGGAAAUCAGAACCCAAUAACACAAAGUUUCAAUUUUUACUUCAAUUUUUGGUAGUCUGUGCUCAUCAGAUAUUUGUUCAUUCAGUUUUGGAACUUGAGGUCCAAUUGAUCAGCAUUAGAAGACAAAGUGCUGGUGUCCUUUGCUGGAGUGAUGGCGACUCUGUCUCAUGCAGAUUCAAGGAGAAUGUAUUCAUGGUGGUGGGACAGCCACGUAAGCCCCAAGAACUCAAAAUGGCUCCAGGAAAAUCUAACAGAUAUGGAUGCCAAGGUGAAGCAAAUGAUUAAGCUUAUUGAAGAAGAUGCAGACUCUUUUGCCAGGAGAGCAGAAAUGUAUUAUAAGAAACGCCCAGAGCUUAUGAAAUUGGUUGAAGAGUUUUACCGGGCAUACCGGGCACUGGCUGAGAGAUAUGAUCAUGCAACCGGAGUGAUCCGCCAGGCCCAUCGAACCAUGACUGAAGCAUUUCCUAAUCAAAUCCCUAUGAUGCUGACAGAUGAUUUACCUGCAGCUUCUCCCUUGGAGACUGAGCCACGUACUCCAGAGACACACCACCCUUCACGUGCAUUUCUUGACACAGAUGAAUCACAAAAGGAUGCUUCUGCUCAUUUCCAUGCUAAAACAGGUUUAAAACAGCUCAAUGAUCUCUUCAUACCUGGUGAACAUAUAAAUCUUGCGAAGUUUGUAGAAGGGCAUGCUAAAAGGGGGCUCAAUUUUCUUGAGACACAGGAAGAGAGUAGCGAGCUAAACAAUGGAAGCCAUGAUACUAGCGCUCAAGUCUUGUCUGAGUCCGAACGCAUGACAAAAGCUGAGACAGAAAUUUUGGCCUUAAAGAAAGCCCUCGCUAAAUUAGAAGGUGAAAAGGAAGCUGGCUUGCAUCAGUAUCAGCAGAGUUUGGAGAAAUUGUCUAAUCUCGAGUUAGAAGUGUCUCGUGCAAGAGAGAAUUCUCAAAGUCUUGAUGAGCGAGCAAGUAAAGCUGAAGCUGAAGUUCAAGCCUUGAAGGAAGCCCUCUCCAAAUUACAGGCUGAUAGGGAAGCUAGUCUUCUUCAGUACCAGGAAUGCUUGGAGAAAAUAUCUAAUCUGGAGAAAAAUAUUUCUUUUGCUCAAAAGGAUGCAGGAGAACUUAAUGAGCGAGCUACUAGAGCUGAAACUGAAGCUGAGUUCCUAAAGCAGGACCUUGCUAGAGUAGAAGCUGAAAAGGAAGCUGCCCUUGUCCAAUAUAAACAGUGCUUGGAGACAUUAUCAAAACAGGAGGAGAGAUUAGAAGAAGCUGAGGAAAAUGCAAGAAGGAUUAAUGAGCAAGCUAAUAUAGCUGAAAAUGAAAUUGAAGCUAUGAAGUUAGAAGUUACUAAACUUAAUGAAGAGAAGGAAGAUGCUGCUCUCCGUUAUCAGCAAUGCUUGGAGAUAAUUUCCAGUUUGGAGCAUAAACUCUCUUGUGCUGAAGAGGAGGUGCAUAGGUUAAAUUCCAAGAUAGAUGAUGGGGUUGAAAAGUUACACAGUUCUGAACAGAAGUGUCUUCUCUUGGAAACAUCAAAUGACACUCUGCAGUCUGAAUUGCAGUCUUUGGCACAAAAGAUUGGGUUUCAAAGUGAAGAACUUAGUGAGAAGCAGAAGGAAUUAGGUACACUUUGGACUUGCAUACAAGAGGAGAGAUUGAGAUUCAUUGAGGCUGAAACUGCUUUCCAAACUCUUCAGAAUUUGCAUUCUCAAUCUCAGGAAGAGCUUAGAUCUCUUGCUGCUGACCAUCACAGUAAGGCAGAAAUACUGGAGAAUGUGGAAUCACGUAGGCAGGCUUUAGAGGAUGAAGUACACAGGGUCAAGGAGGAAAACAAAAUUCUAAAUGAGUUCAAAUUUUCUUCAUCUUUGUCCAUAAAAAAUUUGCAGGAUGAGAUAUUGAAAUUGAGGGAGACAAUAGAGAAACUUGAACAGGAGGUUGAGCUGCGAGUUGAUGAAAGAAAUGCUCUUCAGCAAGAAAUUUACUGUCUUAAAGAGGAGCUUAAUGAUGUGAAUAAAGAACAUGAAGGUACGAUGGAGGAAGUCAGGUCAAUUGGCUUAGACCCACAGUGCCUUGGCUCAUCUGUGAAAAAAUUGCAAGAUGAGAACUCAAAGCUGAAGGAGACAUGUGAGGCUGACAAAGAUGAGAAAGCAGCUCUUCUGGUAAAAUUGGAAAUCAUGGAAAAACUGUUGGAGAAAAAUUCUGUUUUGGAGAAUUCACUUUCAGACUUGAAUGCUGAGCUGGAUAGUGUCAGAGAAAAGGUAAAGGUCUUAGAAGAAUCAUGCCAAUCUCUGCUUGUGGAGAAAUCAACUCUUGCUGGUGAGAAGGCCACCUUGUUUUCUGAGUUACAAGUCACAACUGAAAAACUGGAGAAGCUCUCAGAAAAGAACAACCUUUUGGAAAAUUCACUAUUUGAUGUGAAUGCUGAACUUGAAGGAUUAAGGGUAAAAUCCAAGAGCUUAGAAGAUAAAUACCAGUCACUUGAUCAUGAGAAGUCCAGUAUUUUCUCUGAAAAAGAAACCUUAGUUUCACAGUUGAACAUUACUCAUCAAACACUGAAAGAUCUUGAGAAGCAACGCAGUGAAUUGGAACUAAAGCAUUUGGAACUGAAAGGAGAAAGGGAGUCUGCACUUCAAAAGGUAGAAGAGCUACUGGUUUCCCUAUAUUCUGAGAGGGAAGAGAAUUCCAGAGUUCUGAAAUUGAAUGAAAAUGAAUUGGCUGAGAAGGAAUUACAAAUUCAUAUUCUACAAGAAGAUGCAAAUUGCCAGAAAAAGGAAUACGAGGAGGAACUGGACAGAGCUAUACAUGCUCAAAUUGAAAUUUUCAUCUUGCAGAAAUGUAUCCAGGAUUUGGAGAAAAAGAACUUCUCCCUUCUAGUGGAGUGUCAGAGACUUUUGGAGGCAUCCAAAAUGUCCGAGAGAAUGAUAUCUAAAUUGGAGUCUGAAAAUGUUCAAAAACAGGUUGAUGUGAAUUCUUUGUCUGAGAAAAUUAGAAUCCUAAGGAUUGGGCUGCUUCAGGUUUUGAACACUCUUGACAUUAACGGCGUGCAUUUCUGUGAGGAUAUGCUUGAAGAAGACCAGAUGCUUCUGAAUCAUAUACAUGGAAAGCUUCAGGAGAGACAGAAGUCUUUUGACACAAUUUUCAAUGAAAGUCAGCAAGUGGCUGUUGAGAAUUCAGUUCUGAUUACAUUCCUUGGGCAGUUGAAAGUAAAGGUAGAAAAUCUUGUGACAGAAAGAAGUACCCUUGAUGAGGAGUUCAGGAUUCAGUCUAAGCAGUUCUUGGCAUUGCAAACAGAGGUCGAAAAGAUAUUGGAGAAGAAUCAGGAGUUAAAGUUGACAAUAAGCAAGGGAGAAGAGAGAAUGGAAGUAAUGACAACUGAAAUAGACAAUCUAUGCAAACAGCUGUCUGACUUGGAAAAGAGUCACAACAACUUACAGGAAGAAAGUUGCAAGGUAUCUGAAGAGAAAAAAUCCUUGAUGAGAAGAUUUCUAGAUCUAGGUGAAGAGAAAAGUAACUUGGAAGAAGAUAUUUCUGUCUUGAUCCAUGAUACAAUAGCUCAAUCUAAUAUGUCUCUGAUUUACCAGAACAUUAUCUUUGAGAAACUCCUGGAACUUAAUGAGCUAUGUGAAAAUCAUGAUAAACUUGUGGCAGUAAAUAAUGACCUUGAGGGGAGAUUAAAUACAACGGUGCACAAAUUAGAAAAUGCAGAAAUGGAAAAUUCACAUCUUAGAGAGUCAUUUGUAAAGUCGAAUGUUGAACUAGCAUUAGUUGAAUCUGUAAAUGAUCAAUUGAGUUGUCAGAUUAGGAAUGAAAAGGAAAUGUUGAGUCAAAAGGAAAUUGAGCUUUUGGAAGCAGCCGAGACGCUUCGUGCUUUACACACGGAGAAAACAGAAUUGCAAAUAAUGGUGGAAGAUCUGAAGAUUAAGUAUGAUGAGGCCAGGGGGAUACUUGAAGAACAGGCUAAUCAAAUUCUAAAAUUGUCCUCAGAUAAGGAUCAUCAAAAUGAAGAGCUUGGAUACCUUUGUGAAGUGAAUCAGAAGUUAGAGUCUGAAAUGAAGCACCUACAUCAAGAACUUGGAGAAACUAAACUGAGAGAAAAGAAUCUGAGUUAUGAUGUACAUAAGAGAACAAAUGAGAUUGAACAAUGGGAAACUCUGGCUUCAACACUCUAUGCCGAACUGCAGACUUCUUCCGUCAAUGAAGCAUUAUUUGAAGGGAAGGUCUGUGAGCUAGCUGAUGCAUGUGAUAAUCUUGAACGCAGAAACUACUCCAAAGACAUGGAAAGUGAGCAGCUAAAAGAAAGAAUUUGCAAGUUGGAAGGUGAAAAUGGAAGACUGUGUGAUCAAUUAGCUGCUUAUGUCCCAGCUGUCAAUGCUUUGAAUGAUUGUGUAACAUCUCUGGAGAUGCAGACUCUUGUACAUGCAAAACCUCAUGACUACAAAGAAUCAGAGGUUAAAGAUUUGGUGAAUCACCAAUACACUGAAAGUGGUCGACAAACAGGUGAAGGUCAGACUGUUAUGGCCCCAGAUGCACUCCCAGACUUCCAAGACAUGCAGAGAAGGAUCGAAGCAAUUGCAAUGGCAGUUAAGCAGAUAAGUUUAAAACGCAAUGAUGAAAUGAGAGAGAUUCAAGAGUUGAAAUCUAGAAUUAGCUGGCAUGAAGAGAAUAUCCAAGCAAGCAAGCAUGUUACUCAAGUGGAUGAAGUAAAGGAGCACCAGCAUGAACCCACUAAUGAGCAGAAGAUGGGGAAAUCAAGUCUAGAUGUUCCUGCAGAAGAGAUUGAAGUUCUGCCUAAAGACAUCAUGCUUGAUCAAAUAUCCGAAUGUUUAUCAUUUGGGAUAAGUAGGAGUGAAACUCUUGACGCUGAUGAUCAGAUGCUUGAGUUGUGGGAAACAUCUGAUAAGGAUGGAAUUAUUGGCCAGCAAGUUGACAAGACACAGAAGAUGGCUGCUGGACCGGCUGACUAUCAUAAAAGAGACAAAUAUCCUUCAACAGAGUCUUUGGUUGAAAAAGAGUUGAGUGUAGACAAAUUAGAGAUCUCAAGGAGAAUGACACAGCCACAUGAAGCAGGGAACAAGAGCAAGAUCUUGGAAAGGCUUCAUUCUGAUGCACAGAAGCUAUCAAAUCUCCAAAUAACAUUACAAGAUUUGAUGAAGAAGGUGGAAAGUACUGAGAAGAACAGAAAAGGAAAAAGUGUUGAGUAUGAUAGUGUAAAAGGACAGCUUGAAGCUGCUCAGGAUGCUGUCACAAAGCUGUUUGAUGCCAACCUCAAGUUGAUGAAGAAUGUAGAAGAGGGUACCUUGUCUUCUGGUGGGAAGGCUGCAGCAGAGUCAGAUGAGAGUGGAAGUGUCAGCAGAAGGAGACUUUCGGAACAGGCAAGGAGAGGAUCAGAAAAAAUAGGACAACUGCAGUUGGAGGUGCAAAUGCUGCAGUUUGUGCUUCUGAAACUGGAGGAUGGAAAAGAAAGCAAAGAAAAAACAAGAAUGGCUGAUCGAAGUCCAAGAGUGCUUUUGCGAGAUUAUCUCUAUGGUGGAACAAGAACCAACAACCAAAAGAAGAAGAAAAAAGCACCCUUAUGUGCAUGUAUUCAACCUCCCACCAAGGGAGAUUGAUUGUUACCAUAGUUUAAAGUACCGGAGACAAUUGAGAUAUUAGCUUUCUUGUUUGUAAAUUUUCCUUUCUAUAGAUGCUUUAAUAAGACCCUACAUAUUUUGAUCCUGCUGUACAUGUGCCUCAUUUACUCAUAAGAAGAGGCUGAGAUGGAAUUUUCGCCAUUUCUUUUAAUGUUUAAUUCUGAAUAAUCUCCUCUUUU